AUGAAAACAUUUGGUGAAGGCAGAGGUUUUAUAGACGAAAUCGUUAAGAAGAAAAAGAACAGCUCAUCGGCAUCUGUUAUUGUAAAAGCUGAUCAAAGAGGUUUAAGGGAUCCUGGAAAUAAACGUUCUGACCAUGACAUCCAAUACGUCAAAAACUUCAUCGACAAAUUUCCAGCUUAUGAAAGUCACUACUCCCGACGCCAUACGAAUAAAAAAUACCUUCAUCAGGAUUUAAACAUGAAGAUAUUGUACAAAUUGUACAAAGAUGAAUACGUGAAAGACAAUGGAGAAGAAGGAUUACCGCCAGUAAGCAUUACGCUGUUUCGUAGCAUUUUUAAAACACUCAAUUUGAAAUUCAAAAAACCUUCAAACAAUACUUGCAAAACUUGCGAUUCGCUUACGCUUCAAAUUAAAACUUGUGAGGAUGCUAAUGAAAAACAAAAUUUAGAAGAGAAGAAGACUAUUCAUCAAAGUAAAGCUGAAUCACAUUAUAAUUCGAAAAGAGAGGACAAGGAAUUGAGUAAGCAAAGUGAUUGA